CUCUUCCGAUCAAAGAGGCCACUGCAAUGUUCACUGGUUCAAGCGUGAGCCCUCAUCCUGAGCUGCCGCAGGGCCAGAUGGACUCUCUGCUCUCAAUCAUCUCCAGCCAAAGGGAGAGGUUCCGCUCCCGCAACCAGGAGCUCGAAGCCGAGAAUCGGUCCAUGCAGCAGACCAUGCAGGCGCUGCAGAACGAACUGGACAGUCUGAGAGCAGACAACAUCAAGCUCUAUGAGAAAAUCAAAUUCCUACAGAGCUACCCUGGCAGAGCUGGAGGAAGUGAUGACACCGUGAUGCGCUACUCCUCACAGUACGAGGAGAGACUGGAUCCUUUUGCUUCCUUCAGCAAAAGAGAGCGUCAGCGCAGAUACCUGAGCCUCAGCCCCUGGGAUAAAGCCACUCUGAGCCUGGGACGUGUGAUCCUCUCCAAUAAGAUGGCCAGGACCAUUGCUUUCUUCUACACCCUGUUUCUGCAUUGUCUGGUGUUCUUGGUGUUGUACAAGACGGCUUGGAGCGAAAGUAUUGGCAGAGACUGCUCUGCGUUCUGUGCUAAAAAGUACGCUGAUCAUCUCCACCGUUUCCAUGAGAACGACCAAAACCUGUGAAUGGUACUACAGUGAUCUCACAUGGUUCAGCAUUUGACAGCAUGCAUGUUCUGCAGUUAAAAACAUAUUCCUUAAAAAGAUAGAGCUUUGCAUCUUGCAAUAUCUAAAAUCUCCACUAGGGGGCAGUUUUACUUCAAAAUGCUAAUUGAUUAGAAAUGAUCAGCUUAUCGCUAUUAAAAGGUUCUGUAUGUUAAAUAAUUUACGUUUUAUGUUACUUGAGGUUCCUUCUAAUACUCACAAAUUAACAGAAAAGUAAAAGGCAAUCCUAAAUAUUAUAUGGAGUAGAGGUGGUUGUUGCAGCAGUUAAAUAAAUUUAAGGGUCUGUUUGUGUUCUUACACCACAGAGGGACCACAAACUGUAGGAUCAUUUCUCUGAUUUAUUCUGGAAAUUAGCAUAGCUAGGGAAUUAUAUAAGAGAAAGGUGAAAUUAUGUGGGAGUGGGAGCAUUUCUAAAGGUGAAGAUAUUUUAGAGGUUGUGGUGUUGGAUCAAUACACACAGUAGUUAUUGUUUUGUUUUCCAUUCCUUUUAAGACUUACUUUACUUGAAAUUACAUAUCACUGAUCAGUUGAUAGGUAAGUAUGUUAGUUCACCUCUAAGUUAAAAAAUAUGUUUUAAGAAAUUAAUCAUUUUUUAUGUGUUUGCUGUUAAACUGUUGGCUGCUCGCCUGACAGUUGAGUGAUGGCAGUAAUGAACUAAUGGUUACUGAUUCUAAAAAUCCUAAUAUAGGACAACUGUGUGCAUGUUUACCUAUGUAUUGAUUCUCUUCUAUCUGAUAUAUUCCAAAUAAAGAUUAUGCAUCAAU